UUUAUGAUUUUUAUUUUGAUUAAAAAUAUAAGCAUAGUAAUUUCAAGACAUGAGUUGUCUACGUACAAAGAAUCUAACUGAAAUAUACGGAAAGGAAAAAUGUAUGUAUUUAACUAUUUAUAUAUGUUGGCAAAAUAUAUAACAACUGUAAGAAUUGAGUAUAAAUAUACAACCGAAAGUGAAUAUUUGCACAUGAGGACAUCAUGGAGCGAUGAGUGGAUCUCAACGUGGUGACAGACUUUCUAACCGCGUUGCGGCGUUUAGGACAUUUUGGCUAUGUGGCUCACCUUCACGGCUUCACGCACCGCCUAUUGAUUUAUUCGUCAUUUUCAACAAUCAAUUGACUUUGAUGACACAUGCGACACCACUAUAUGGUAUUUACAAGAAGAAAUGAUGUGAUCUUUGUGACAUCGUUCUAUACUCAUUUCCAUAUAAUCAUAUAAUAAUUCAUCAAAUUGCAUGUGGGGGAAAAAACAAAUCCUUGAUCGGGGUGAACCGCUUGAUAAUAUUUUUAUGGUUCAAUAUGAUCAUUCAUUCCAUAUGCUCGAUAAAACCAAAAAGUAGUUUUUCCAUAAAAUUAGAUAGAGUCGGCUUUUAGCUUCAUAUACAUCAUUUUUCUGUUUCUUUAAGUUGUUUUUCCAUAAAUCAGAUAGAGUCGGUUUUUAGCUUUAUAUACAUCAACUUUUCUGUUUCAUCCAAGAAGAAACUAAGCCGCUAUGGAAGCCAAAGGAGAAACUCAGUGGAGCUCUAUUAUAGUUCCUUCGGUCCAAGAGCUGGUGGAGGAGAAGGUGAUCACAACCGUUCCUCUCAGGUAUGUCCAGUCUGACCAAGACAAAUCUGGAGUGACGGAUGAUUCUGGUCUAAUACCCGAUAUCCCAGUCAUCGACAUGAAGCGGUUGUGUUCUUCCGCCGCCAAGGACUCUGACUCUGAGGUUCAGAAACUCGAUUUGGCUUGCAAAGAAUUUGGAUUUUUCCAGCUUGUGAACCAUGGAAUUGACCAAACUUUCUUGGACAAAACAAAGCUGGAGACUCAUGAUUUAUUCAGCCUUCCCAUGGAAGAAAAGAAAAGGUUCUGGCAGCAACCAGAUGAGAUGGAAGGUUUCGGACAAGCUUUUGUGCUUUCAGAAGAUCAGAAACUCGAUUGGGCAGAUAUAUUCUUCUUUACAAUGCAACCUACUCAAUUACGCAAGCCUCACUUGUUCCCCAAGCUACCUCUUCCCUUUAGAGACACAUUAGAGAUGUAUUCCGCUCAGGUUAAGAGCAUAGCUAAGACCUUAAUAGCAAAAAUGGGGGAUGCCCUGCAGAUUAAACCUGAGGAAAUUGAAGAAAGAUUUCGUGAUGAUAUGUUCCAGAGUAUGAGGAUGAAUUACUACCCUCCAUGUCCGGAGCCCAAUCAGGUGAUUGGUCUAACUCCGCAUUCCGAUGCGGGCGCACUCACCAUACUGUUGCAAGUGAAUGAAGUUGAAGGUCUCCAAAUCAAGAAAGAUGGCAAAUGGGUUUUUGUCAAACCCCUCCCAAACGCUUUCAUUGUCAACGUUGGAGACGUCUUAGAGAUCAUAACGAACGGGAUAUACAAAAGCAUCGAGCAUCGCGUGGUGGUGAACUCGGAGAAAGAAAGGCUGUCUUUUGCGACAUUUCAUAAUCCAGGACUGAAUAAAGAAAUUUCUCCAGCGAAAAGUCUCGUUGAAAAGCAAAAGAAAUGUGCAAAAUUUAAAAGCCUGAUAACUAAAGACUACUUGAAGGGCUUGUUCUCCCGUGAACUCUACGGAAAAGCUUACCUCGAUGCAAUGAGAAUCUAAGGGGAUGUGGUAUCUUGUUUCCCAAGAAACUCUGCCUUCUCCAGACUAGUCCAUGUCUCUGCUACUGUUUUUCUCUUGUCUUUGGUUUAAACCUUUUAGAUAUUAAACAACCAGUGAAUAUAGCUUGUAGGUUUGGUAUCAUAAUGUAAGAAUAGUAGCACAUGUCACUCAACUUUCCAAUAAUAGUCAAAUUAUGUGUUA